AUGUCGCCAAUCAUGGAGGAAAUUCUUUCCGAUUCCAACAGCGUUCUUACUUCAGACGAGCCAUUGUCACCAACUCUACAGCCUCAACGAAGGUUAAAAGCCAAGCCGACCACUCAGCUUUCGUUUGACAUUUCUUCUUCUGCUUACAGCUCUUCCUCCUCUGGAUCGUCAAUAAAGAGCUUUAACGCAGUUUCAAAUAAAGUCGACACGGGUGCAGAUUUUCUUUUGGGCCUAAUAAGCAGAUCUAAUCCGGCUACGUCUUCUGAACGAUCCACAAUUUCCCCUUUUCAUACCGUCAAAAAUGGCAAGAGACCAUAUAGUAGUAUUAGUCUGCCAAAAGAAGAUCCUUCGGAGGAAGAAGAGUUAGACCAACCAGAUAUUCGUAUGAACUCUGAUGUUCAUUUGGAUCAUAAUGAAUCCAUAGUUUCAAGAAAUGAUAUCUCCGCAAUUCCAGACGACAAAGAAUAUUCAGGCUACCGGCGCAAGUAUGGAAAUGAAGGUCGAAGGUACCCCCAGUCUAUGACUUGGUCGCGACAUAGGAAACACUUUUUCAUUCUAAGCAGUGCUGGAAAACCAAUUUACACUCGAUAUGGUGACGAAUCACGUAUCUCGAGUUAUAUGGGCGUAAUUCAGGCUAUCGUUUCAUUCUUUGCUGAUGCUGAUGACACAAUAAGAUGCAUAAACGCUGGUCAACAUAAAUUAGUGUUCUUGCUCAAAGGGCCUUUAUAUCUUGUUGCUGUUUCACGAACAAACGAAUCCGAAAUGCAGCUUAGGGAUCAAUUGAAUUACUUAUAUAAUCAGAUCGUAAGCGUGUUGACCUCGACACAAUUGACAAAGAUUUUUGAACACCGAGUUAAUUUUGAUCUGCGUCGAUUGCUUGGAGGCACCGAACCGUUUUUGGAUAAUCUUGCUUCUACAAUGGGUGAUGAUCCGGGUUUUAUGCUUAGUUCAAUCCAGUGUGUAAAACUGUGCAAAGAUUUACGUGAUAAAGUAGGAGGAUUAAUGCAAUUAAUAAAACCCAAGGAACUCUUGUAUGCCAUGUUGAUAACGAAUAAUAAGUUAAUAACACUGCUUAGACCAAAGAAGCAUAGCCUUCAUCCAGCAGAUCUUCACUUGGUAUUCAACAUGGUUAACGGAUCUUCGACUUUUCGAUCUGUCGAGUCAUGGACACCCAUCUGUCUUCCAAAAUUUAAUAAUAAAGGUUUUCUUCAUGCUUACGUAUGCUAUAUUGCCACAAACGUAUGCUUGCUGUUUAUAUCGCCGGAUAAAGAUAAAUUUUUCGAGUUUUCUGAGGCAAAGAGCCUUCUAAAGGAGGUAAGCAUGUAG